CAUGAUUCGAGUCUUGUGACAAUCCAGACAGAAGGGGAAACAGAUUUGUGAGUUUAUAACAGUUUUUUUUACUCACUGCAGUAACUGGAGAUAUUCGCCUUAUGAGGAAUUGCUGAAAUAUGGAGAUAUGAUGGCAAUAAUUUAGACAUUUUCCGGAUUUUGAUUAACAUUCCUCCCUUUCGACUGUACAGUCCGCGAGUGGCUUGAUUGUGCAGACGGGGACAAAGUUGUCGCAUGGAGAGGCGAUAACUUUCAUUUCUGCUGGUCGUGUUGUCUUUGUUUUUGUUAUCCGUCCGUCCCUGUGAAAGUCGGAUGAUUCAAAAGGCAACGCCGACUAAGUAGCGAAAUCCAAUUUGUGUGUACAAUUUGUGAGAAGAGGGCCGGCAAAGAAAGAGGAAGAUAACUUAAGAAAGCAACAGCUAUGGACAACAAACCCUUGCUCCAAGACCGUCCUCCCGCUUAUGCUAAUGUUGUCCCAGCGUCGUAUGAUUAUGGACCGCAGCACAAUUAUGGAGCUAUCCCACCGCCAGCCCCCGCAGCCCCGGGCUUUCAACAGCUGCCGCCGUAUCAAUACCCCACUAGCCCAGGGUUCCAACAAGGCCCGAGUGCUCAGAUGGGCCCAGCCAUUGGCCAGCAGCCCUACCCAGGCACAUAUACGAUCAUCCAGCCCUCUGUGGUGGUGGUGGGAGGCUGCCCAGCCUGCAGAGUGGGCGUGCUGGAGGAUGAUUUCACCUGUCUGGGGAUUUUGUGUGCCGUCUUCUUCUUCCCCCUGGGGAUCCUUUUCUGCCUGGCGCUGCGCCAGAGGAGGUGUCCCAACUGUGGGGCCACAUUUGGGUAGAACGACCAGACCGUAGCUCCUUCUUUUCACAGCCCAACUUCUUUUUACUCUGUCAUUGUUAAGAAUUACCGAACACUGAUGCAAUGUAUUUUCUUACGAUUAAGGAAUUGCCACAAUGAACAUAUAGCCAGCCAUGAGUCAUGAUAGGUUGAUAGAGGUGCAUGUGAAAACCUGUCAGUUUUUUUCCAUAUUCACAUGCUAGUCGAUCCUAUGAUAGAUUCUUUUGGAGUGUUAUGUAGUGAAGAAUCCAGAUCUUUGUUUAUCUAUUGCUGGUGCCUUUAUUACUCUACAGAGCAGAAAGCUGACCAGGAUGUGUAAUAUCUACAUAGGAGUACUGCUCUAUGAUCAGGUCCUUCCUGUCCAUAUAAACAUAAUUCAUAAUGAUCUAAAAGCCAAACUUUCCUACUCUGCGGGGCUUUGUGAAUAUGAACGUAGAAAGGAAUUGUGAUCAUGAUGUGGAUCAAUAACAAAUCAUUUACUUAUGAUAAUUCCUCUGUGUUUUGUUGUGUUUCGAUUGAAAAGAGCAGAAAUAGAUUUUGUGCUUGAUGCCAAAUUCCAAUUGCACCAACAACUGGUUAAAGUUCAAUUCUGCCAUAGCUGAAUUAAGUUUUGUCUGAUGUACUCACAUUUUAAGAUUGGAUAGGUAUAUUUUUUAAAGAAAAUGUUUCUUGUAUUAGGAAAUGUAUCAGAUAUGAAUGUAAGAAAUGACCCUUCAAGCGAAAAUCACUGUAAGCAACCAUUUUGUUUUGAAGGCAUUAAUGAAGGAGGCUGUCCCAUUCAGUGUGGGAUUGUGUGGCACAAAAUAGCUUUCCUUGGCUUUACUCUGGUAUGGAGAGCGUUAUAAAAAUGAUGCUGUAACAAAAUGAACAUUUGUUGGAAACCAUCCUCACUGUGUCGUGGAGCUGUUGUCUCUUAUUCUGGGGCCAUGUGGCAUUGACAACUGAUUUUAUUUGGUCUGCUUCUGGUGGAUUUAUUUCAUUUUGGGCCUCUCUGAAGACCUCAGGUAUACCAGUGUCAUGUUUAUUAAGCCACACAAAAGAAACUAUUUUGUAAUUGAAAAUUGGAAGAUGAGAAUAUUGGGCCUAUUUAUUUCAGUCUAUUUUCUUCUGUAUGUUGCCUAAUGAACACAACCCAGUUCUCAGUACCAAUGUCCUCACUAUAUUAGUACAGUGCUCUCCAACCCUGUUCCAGGAGAGUUACCGUUACUGAAGGUUUUUGUUCCAACAGGAAGCUUGUAGUAGAGUAGCUCUCCAGGAACAGGUUGUAGAGCCCAGAUUUAGAACAACACAGGCUACACAAGCUCUGCUGGAGUACACCCAGGUAAGUCAUGUAUUUGACCUUUGACCUGCAACCAAAGGGACUUUUAGCCUGGGGGGGGGGGGGGGGGUUAAAGCAUUUUAUUUUAUUUUUUGCAUGAAAUGACUAGGUUAGUGUGUUAUCUCUGGAUAAUGUGUAGCUAUCUAAGACAUCAUAGCCCCUGGGAGUCUCCCUACAAUGGACAAUCAAACAAAAAAUGUAUCUUUAGGAAUCAUUAUGUCUCUGCCCUGUCAGUAUGGUGGGCAUGAAUACUUUCAUUGUUACUAUCUAUUACUGUAUAUCCAAUUUGCCUGUCUCAUGUAAUAAUAUUAUAUUAUUUGGUUUGAAACCCA